CUUGAUUUCAGUGGGAUGAUGUCUCACUUUUUCAGCAGAAGCAAACCGUCGAGGCGUAUCAACCCGACCCCGGUGAGUGCUGAGCGUCCCCUCUCCAAACCAAAGAUGUGCUUCACCUCCACGCCUGUCAGCCAGUCUCCAGCUGCUCGGUUUUCAUCUGGGGCAAGCCUCGAGGCCCUUACUGCUGUCCAGGAAGGAAACCUUAUGCCUGUGAUAAGCAACAGCCUUCAAGAGGAGAGGGAGAUGCUGAAGAGAGAACGAUGCAAAUUGCUGCACCAGGCAUCCUCUCCUGCAGGGCUCUCUCUGGAUCCUGGUACUCCCACGAAGCCCAGCUGUGCGCGCAGCGCUGCCCUGCCUGCUGAGAGCCACCUGGUGACCUGUGCAAAUCCUGCCAGGGUUUCCUGCAAGAAACAGCUGGAGUGUCUGGCACAGCUCUAUUCGUCGUGUAUAGCAGAAAACUUGGUACCAAAUAUUUUUCUGGAGCUCUUUUUUGUUCUGCAGCUUUUGACAUCUAAAGGCACUUCGACAGCAGAAGAUGAGGCUAAUGACCUUGAACUCAGUGAAAGAACUGAAGAUGCCCCAGGGAGACAGCACUUCCGAAGCAUCCACAAUUGUGUUUAUUUUGCUGUUCAAGUCUUGGAUUAUCAGUUUGAAAUUAUUUCCCAUUUAGAGAAGGGGCUGCUGAAGCUUUUGGCUGAAAAUGAACGGAUUGCAUCUUUUUCUCCCACCUUGCACGAGAGGCUCAGGCAGGCUUACGAAAGCAGCACAGCCAAGGUGUCUCCCCUGCUGCCAUGCUCUGUGCAGUCUGUUUCCUUCCAGCCAGAAACUGACAAUCGCUCCAACUUUCCCAGUGACAGAGCAUUUCACAUAUUUAAGAAGCAAAGGGAUAUAUUUUAUGAGCUGCUGCGUGAGUGGGAGGACAACCGUGAAAAAACCGGCUGGGACUUCGAAAGGGUGCUGGGCAACAAGAUCAGGGCCAUGAUGGCUCACCUGUCUGCAACCUGCAACCACAGCCAUUUUGCCAGGCUCUUUCAAAAACAGCUUAUCCAGAUGUGUAAAGGUCCUCUUGGUGGUGGCUCAAGCUGGGGAGAUGCUCCAGACCAGGAUGUCCUUAAUAUGCUGGGUUCUGAUAAUCUGAGCCGUCUGAAGAGGCUGCAGGAAAGAUUUGUUGUUCCUCAGAGCAUCAGAGGACCUUGUCCACCCCCUUCGUUCCCAGGGUGCCAGCAGUUCUUCAGGGACUUCAUCCUCAGUGCAGGAAGUUACCAGUUCAAUCAGCACCUGAUGGACAGUCUGUGCCUGAAGAUACUCGAGCUGAACAGCCUUACUCUGGUGGAGCAUGAGCACAGCGAUGGGGAGGCAGAUAUGGAUGAACAGGACGAGAAGAAGCGUUUUGCCGUGGCCCUGCUGAGCCUGCGGCUCCUGGCCAGGUUCCUGGGCUUCCUGGUGUUCCUGCCCUACCGCUCCGCCGAGCAGCCAACCGGAGACUUGCAGGACUCUGCAGUAGCCUUGAGAAACCAAACCCUGCCUGUCCUGGAUGUGUUAAAGCUUCUGAGACAAUCUAUUUGGGAUCAGCGUUCUAUCCUCACUAUUCCUUGGAUUGUGGAGUACCUUUCCCUUGUGGAUCAUAUUGCCCCCUUCCUUGAUUACUACAGGAAAGUAUUUUGUCUCCUGCUGCAGGUAUACAGGUUAAUGGUCCUUUCUGAAGACAAGGAGAUGAGUUUCCUGAACAAGCUGCUGAUCCUUGCAGUUCUGGGUUGGCUUUUUCAGGUUCCAUCAGUCCCUGAGGAGCUGUUUUUUACCACUGAUGUCAGGCAGGAGGGGUUGAUGAGGGAUACUGUGACAUCUGAUCGGGCUUUGGACUCUGUACCCUUGGUGGAUCAGCAGUUACUUUAUACCUGCUGUCCUUAUCUUGGUGAGCUGCGGAAACUGCUUGCCUCUUUUGUGGCUGGUAGUGGAGCAAAAAAUGGUGGCUUUAUGAGGAAAAUCACUCCCACAGCUGCAGAGUCCUUGGCACCAAAGGCUUCUGUCACACAGAGGAAGCUGCAGGCAGAGUUGGAACAGGCCUUCUUCCACAACCAGCCUCCAUCCCUACGGAGAACGGUUGAAUUUGUGGCAGAAAGGGUGGGAUCCAACUGUGUUAAGCACAUCAAGGCAACCCUGGUAGCAGAGUUGGUUCAAAGGGCUGAAGUCAUGUUGCAGGACAAAGUGAAGGAGGAGGAUGCUAAUCAUGACAAGCUGCUUGAAGAGGUGUGCACUCAUCUCUAUGAGGAAGGGGCCCAGGCACUCAUCAAAGGCAGAGAAUUUUGCAAAAAGAAAGGUCCUGAGGCAGUGAGGGUGUUAUUGCCAGAAGAAACAUCUGCAGCAGUCUUGAGCAGUGCAGAAGACAUUGCAGUGGAGCUGGCUACUGAGAAAGCCUGUGGCUGGCUUUCUGCCAACAUUGCAGCACUCAUCAAAAGAGAAGUGAAGGCAACGUUCAACAGAAUGCUGAAGGUCCCAGGGGUGGCUGUGCCUGGUGAGGAUGCCCUGGAGCUGAGAAGGGACUGCCCCCCAGGCUGCCAGCACCGCGCCCCGUUUCCCUCCCAGCUCAUCAACGAGAUGAAGGAUGUGCUCUGUGUUGCUGUGGGCCCACGGGAUGAGGGGGAAGUGAUUGACCACGCCUGGCUGGAGUGCUUGCUAGGAAGACUGAGUCAGACCCUUCGAUGCAGAAAGUUCAUGUGUCCCACAUCAGAACAGCAGCUGGCAAAGUGCACAGUGGAGUUGGCUUCUUUGCUGGUUUCAGAUCGUGUUCCGCUGAGUCUUGGGACUGAGUCCCCAGAGAAGAGCUCUGAGAGGCUGCGUGUAAAGAAUAAUCCCUCCUAUGGCCUGCUCAAACUGCUGCUUUCUGUCUGGAGGGAGGACUUUGGGACACCUGUUCCUGUGCAGCUGAUCUUCAGCAAGAAGAACAUGGGUUAUCUUGCAGAAGUUCAGCAGCGAGAGUGGGACUUGUUCCUUUUCAUGCUCCAUGGCCUCGUAGAACACGAGCUGAUGAGAACUAGUGAAAUAGAGAGUUGUUUGCAGAGCCUCAGAGGGCUCCCUUGGCCCUCAGAUUUCUUAAAAGAACUGGAAAUGCUCUCCAGAGUGUUUGUAUCAGGUGGUCACAGAGGAGAGCCCAGGACGAACCCUUGUGAGCUGACCAGACAAUCUCUAGGCACUGUGACAGCGCAGAGCUAG